AUGUCUGGACUAGUUUCGGCGAAGCAUUUAUCAGAAAACAACAUGGAACCAAUUGUAUUUGAAAAGGUUAACGACAUAGGCGGUCAGUGGAGAUAUACAGAUAAAACUGAUGUCGACGAACAUGGUUUACCGAUACACAGUAGCAUUUACAAAAAUUUGAGAACGAAUGGCCCAAAAAUACUCAUGACCUUCCCGGAUUAUCGUGAAUUUCAUGGAGAAAAUCGGAGUUAUAUCAAACACGAGACUGUUUUGGAAUACUUAACAAACUUUACUGAUCACUUUAAUCUUCGUCAAUAUAUUAAGUUUAAUACCCUCGUAGAAAGAAUAAGCCAGCUGCCCGAUGAAAAGUGGCGCAUAGAAACGCGCAACUUAAAUCUGAAUAAAAUUGAAGUCCACACCUGCGACGCUGUAAUGGUUUGCGAUGGGCAUUUUACCAAACCCAAUGUGCCAUCAAUUCCUGGAAUCGACACUUUCCCUGGGCGUACAUUGCACAGUCACACUUAUCGUAGACCUGAAGAAUUUGCCGGUAAAACGGUUGUGGUCUUGGGUGCUUCAUUCUCGGGCAUCGACAUUGGAGUAGAAGUAUCGAAAUAUGCCAAAACAGUUUACCUCAGCCAUCGACACAAAAAGUUAACGGUGGAGCUGCCUAAAAACAUGAUACAAGUACCGGGUGUCGUAGCAGCCAGUGGCAGUGAUCUUAUUCUCAGUGAUAGUUCGCGAAUAAAGGCCGAUGUUUUUCUCAUGUGCACUGGAUACUUGUACGAUUAUCCAUUCCUAGAUGAUAAUUCUGGCAUUACUGUGACGAAAGGCAAAUACAUUCACCCGCUCUAUAAACAAUUAGUAAACGUGAACCAUCCAACAAUGGUGUUUAUUGGGCUACCGCAUCCUGGCUUUCCCUUUGUAGUUCCUUAUGUUCAGGUGCGGUACUUUGUGUCCUUGCUUCGGGGCAAAGCAAAGCUGCCGAGCCGUGAUGUGAUGCUGAAAGAAUCGGAGCUACCACCAGGAACUCCUGUGAGCAGGGCACACUUUAUGCAAAGGGAAGUGCUCGAUUACUAUGAUAAUCUCGCAAAACUCGCUGGCAUUCAACCUAUAUCUAAAAAAUUACGACAUUUAAUAGACAUUUAUCUUAAUGAUUUAAAUAACAAUCCAAUGUACUUCAGGGAAAAUGAAUUGUUUAUGCGCGAUGGUGAAGUCAUAUACAUUCAAGCUAAACGCUCUUAA